AUGAGCGAAAAAUUGAGGGUGAAAAAUAAAUCGACGCGGAAGAAUUUGACGAAAAUCACUGGCGGAGGCGGCGCGGAAUUCGAUAGUUCGCGCAAAAAUGUGGCCGCCACGCAAACGCUGACGUCACGGCGGACCGAGGAGACGCAGGAGAAGGUUGCCGAUGAGCGGGAAGCGAGUUUGGAUAAGACACAGGUAAAUUUGAGGGGGGAUUGCUCAUGUUAGGAGCUUCAUUUUGAUACCAAACAAGCCGAAAAACUGCACUUUUUCAUAACAAAAUUACAAAAAAACUCGAAAUUUUGGGAUUUUUCUCGAAAAAAAUCGAUUUUCCCAUCAUUUUCAACCCCGAAAUCUUUUUUCACACCAAAAACUCUCAAUUUCGGGCUGAAAUUCAAGAUUUCCCUUUUUUUUUCAAAAAAAUGAAAAAAGACACAUUUCAAAGUGUGUGCUACCGUAGUUGCACACACGUUUUCUGUCUCAUCGCGGCGAGACCCGCCGCGUUGUUUGAAUUUUGAGUUUUUCGUUUUUUUCCAGUUUUCCGGCUAAAAUGCAUGUUUUUGAGCGGGAAAGAAAAGGAAAAUGAUGCAAAUUUGCUCGAGAUUGUUGUUAGAGCGAAUAUGCUCCUCUGAAACCCUCAAUUUCGGGCUGAAAUUCAAGAUUUCCCUUUUUUUUUUCAAAAAAAAUGAAAAAAGACACAGUUCAAAGUGUGUGCUACCGUAGUUGCACACGCGUUUUCUGUCUCAUCGCCGCGAGACCCGCCGCGUUGUUUGAAUUCACAAUUUUUGGUUUUUUUAAAUUUUUCCCAGUUUUCCGGCUAAAAUGCGCGUUUUUGAGCGGGAAAAGCUGGAAAAUGAUGCAAAUUUGCUCUAAAAUAGCCUGAAAUCGUUCAGAGAUCAAAUUUUCACCUGAAAACCCCGAAAUUUCGCGCAAAAAUCGGAUUUUUUCAGUCGCUUUCGGAGCCAACGAAAAAACCCACCUCAAAACCGCCGCCGCCACCAAAUGCACCAGCAAAAUCGUGCAGACACCAGAAAACCUCACCACCAUUGUCACCAUCUUCUCCACCAAAAACCAAUCAGCAGCAGAAAAAAGAGGAUUCGAAGAGAAAGCCGCGAAGCUCACGGUUUGGCAUAUUUUUGGAUGUUUCGAAGCGCGAAAAAUAUUGUGAGUGGAUUUUGGGAUUUUUGGAGGAAACAUCUGAAAAAUUUGGAGUUUUUUGAGCUAUAAAUCGUUGAAAACUACCUAAUAUGAGCAAUUAUCGAUUUUUAGACCAAAAAACUGAUGAUUUUUGAGCCAAAAAUCGAUUUUUCUGAUUUAAUAUGAGCAAUUCUAUGAAUUUUCAGCCAAAUUUAACCAAAAAUAUGAAAAAAUCUGAAAAAUUUGGAGUUUUUUGAGCUAUAAAUCAUUGAAAACUGCCUAAUAUUAGCAAUUAUCGAUUUUUAGACCAAAAAACUGAUAUUUGCAAGGAUUUUUGAGCCAAAGAUCGAUUUUUCUGGUUUAAUAUGAGCAAUUCGUUGAAUUUUGACCCAAAAUCGAAAAUUUUCAGCGCGAAAACACUCGAGAAAAAAGUCGAAAAGUAAAGAAGAGGAAGUUGAUGAAGCGAAUCGGACAAUUCGAGACGAGAAGAGAUUUUUGAAGAAAAUCGCGAAAUAUCGGUGAGUUUUUGAUCAAAAUUUGCUGAAAAAUCGAGUUUUCUGGCUGAAAAUUGAUGAUUUUUAGGCCUAGAGCUCGCGGAGCUCUGAAAAUGCUCCAAAAUUCAAAACAAAGGCUUGCUGGGUGUCUAAAAUUCCCGAAUUUCAUAAAAAAUUUGAAAAUUAUAGUCCCAGCUUCUGAAAAUCUCCAGAACUCCCGGAGCUCUGAAAAUGCUCAAAAUUCAAAUUCCUUCAAACCUAACCUUGUCAGAUGUCUAAAUUUUCCAAAUUUUAUGAAAAAUUUGAAAAUCAUGGUCCCGGGCCUCUCGGAGCCCCGAAAAUCCUCCCAAAACCCCAUUUUUUUUUUGCAGAAAAAAGAAAAUCCAGCGAAUUUGCGUCUGCCCAAUGGGUCGUUUCUACAAAAUCACCGAUUUUUUCGAGGGCCUCAAAACUACAGUACACCGAAUGAAGCGAGUUUGCUGCGUGGCGUGUUGUCCGCCGUGUUGUUGUAUUGUGCAUAAUGUGAGUUGGCUCUUUUUUGGCUGCGGCACGGUUUUGUGGGCGUGGCCUGGCAAAAAUUUGGGAAAAAACGGUGUAAAAUGAGCUAUUUUUCGUCAAAAUUGACCUGCGGCAUGGUUUUGGGGGCUUGGCCUAAUUUAUCCGAUGAAAUUUGCAAGUCUGGCACGGUUUUUUGGAGAGAAUCGUUAAGCCACGCCCCUUUUUGCAAGCCUCGCACAGUUUUUCUGAACUUGGGCUUGUGGGGUGUCUAAAAUCUUGAAAUUUGAUGAGAAAUCUGAAAAUCUGAUUUCUAGCUCUUGAAAAUUUCUAGAAUUCUAGUUUCAGAGCUCCCCGAGCCCUGAAAAUGGUCCAAAAUUAAAUUUUAUCGAAACCUAGGCUUGUUGGGUGUCUAAAAUCUUGAAAUUUGAUGGAAAAUUCCAAAAUCUGCCUCCCAGAUCCUGAAAAUUUCUAGAAUUCUAGUUUCAGAGCUCCCCGAGCCCUGAAAAUGCUCCAAAAUUAAAUUUUAUCGAAACCUAGGCUUGUGGGGUGUGUAAAAUCUUCAAAUUUCAUGAAGAAUUCAAAAAUUGGGCUCCCAGAUCCUGAAAAUCUCUAGAAUUCUAGUUUCAGAGCUCUCGGAGCUCUGAAAAUGGUCCAAAAUUAAAUUUUAUCGAAACCUAGGCUUGUGGGGUGUCUAAAAUCUCCAAAUUUGAUGAGAAAUCUGAAAAUCUGGCUCCCAGAGCCCCAAAAAUGCUCCAAAUUUUCCAAAAUUCAUUUCCAGGCUGCCUUCUGGCCUCCACCAUGUGACUAUUUCUACUUCCUUCCACCCGAAAAUUGGGAACCAAUGCGUGUCCACGACGCUGAUGACGUCAUCAUCCAACUGAAACGAAAAAAUGAGGUGAAAAAGAUUCGGAAUGCUCGAAAAGGUGAGCUGGAUGUGAGAUAUCAUGUUGGAAUGCGACAUCCGUGUGCUGAUGAUAUUCAGAAGGUUGAGGGAUUCUUUUUGAGGACAAGUAGGAAUAAUGUGAGUGAUUUUGGGCAUUGCUCAGGUUAAUUUUUGGAUUUUUCGUGAAAUUUCGCGCUGAAAGACACCAAAUGUGGGUAUUUUCAUGGAAAUUUGAGCAUUGCUCAUGUUAAACUCUCAUUAAAAUGGAGCAUUGCUCAUAUUAAAUUUGGGAGAAAAUUUGAGCAUUGCUCAUUUUAAACUCUCAUAAAAAUUGUGCAUUGCUCAUUUCAAACUCUCAUAAAAAUGGAGAGCAUUGCUCAGGUUAAAUUUUGAAGAAAAUUUUAGCAUUGCUCAGGUUAAAUUUUGAAGAAAAUUUGAGCAUUGCUCAUAUCAAAUUUUGAAGAAAAUUUUAGCAUUGCUCAGGUUAGAAAUUGAUUUUUUAAUGAAAAUUUUGCAUUGCUCAUGUUAGAAAUUGAUUUUUUAAUGAAAAUUUGAGCGUUGCUCAGGUUAGAAAUUGAUUUUUUAAUGAAAAUUUUGCAUUGCUCAGGUUAAUAAUUGAUUUUUUAAUGAAAAUUUGAGCAUUGCUCAGGUUAAACUCUAAUAAAAAUGGAGGGCAUUGCUCAUAUUAAAUUUUGAAGAGAAUGUGAGCAUUGCUCAGGUUAAUAAUUGAUUUUUUGAUGAAAAUUUGAGCAUUGCUCAGAUUAGAAAUCGAUUUUUUUAAAUGAAAAUUUGAGCAUUGCUCAUUUUAACCUUUCAUUAAAAUGGAGCAUUGCUCAUAUUAAAUUUUGAAGGAAAUUUGAGCAUUGCUAAUGUUAAGCUUCAGGUUUCUUGUAGAAAAACAUUGCUCAUAUCAAUUUUCCACCAAAAAUCUCGAAUUUACUAUCAAAAUGACCCGAAUUUCAGCCUGAUCACGAAUUUCAGCCAAAAAUGCUUCCAGAAAAUCCCGUGUGUCCACGUGAAAUGUCCCGAUGGUCCGGCCCGUUUCACAAUUCUCUACUCGCAUCCAAAUGGUUCCGAUCUAUCGGAUCAUCUCAUCGGAACUCCGAAUUUUGUCGAUUUGGCCAGAUUUUAUCAUUGUGAUGUGUAUAGUUAUGAUUAUACGGGUUACGGUAUUUCGAAAGGAUUUCCGUCCGAACAAAAUAUGUAUGCGGAUGUUAGAGCGGUUUAUGAGGUAUUUUUUGGGAUUGCUCAGGUUAAGAGCUCUAUUUUGGACCUAAAUAUGAUAUUGCUCAGGUUAAGAGCUUCAAUUUGAUACCAAAUAUAGCAUUUCUCAGGUUAAGAGCUCUAAUUUGAUACUAAAUAUGACAUUGCUCAGGUUAAGAGCAUUAUUUUGAUACCUGAUUUUUGCGGCACAGUUUUCUGAUUAUUUUAAAUCGCUACAAGUCUAGGCUCCGCCCACUUUUGCAAUUUUGCGGCAUAGUUUUUCUAGAACCUAAAAAUUACAUUUCUCAAAAACCGUGCCGCAAAAUUGCAGAAAGUGGGCGGAGCUUAGGCUUUAGUAAUAUCAAAAUAAUGCUCUUAACAUGAGCAAUGCCAUAUUUAGACUCAAAACGACCGCCUUAACAUGAGCAAUCCCAAAAAAUGCACAUUUUUCUUGCAGCACAUUCUCCUCACAGUCCAACCUGAUAAAAUUGUUCUUCUUGGCUAUUCGAUUGGCUCGGCGGCUACAGUAAGCCUCUUCGAAAUGGGUCUCGACCCGAAACCGGCUGGUGUAAUUCUCCAAGCCCCGCCAGCCUCAAUUCUACGUGUCAUGGCCCAUUUAACGGGCCGGCCUGGAAAUAUCGAGGCCGAAAGUUGUUGUAUGGAUCGAUUUCGGGUUUGUGAGAAGGUGAGGGCACGGUUUUGUGGGCGUGGCUUAGGAAAAUGCGGGGAAAAAUGGUUGAAAAUGAGGGUUUUUGAGUGCCGCACGGUUUUGUGGGCGGAGCUUAGACGAAAAUGGUGAUUUUUAAUGAAAUUUAGCCUGCGGCAUGGUUUUGUGGGCGGAGCUUAGGCGAAAAUGGUGAUUUUUAAUAAAAUUCAGGCUGCGGCAUGGUUUUGUGGGCGGAGCCUAAGGAGAUUCACUGAAAAUUGUGAUUUUUAAUGAAAUUUUGAUUGCGGCAGGGUUUUGUGGGCGGAGCCUAGUCAUAUUUACACUCAAAAUGAUCGGCGAGACCUCAAAAACCCCAUUUUCCGGUUGCGGCGCGGUUUUGUGGGCGGAGCCUAUUUUUUCUUCUCUUUUUUCCAGAUUCACGAUGUCAAUGUUCCUGUGCUGGUAAUUCACGGUGAAGAUGAUCGUACUGUACCAAUUGAGCACGGCAAGUUGAUAUGUCAACGUGCUGUGACACGUGUCACUCCUGAAUGGGUCCCGGGUGGAACACACGAUAAUAUUGAAAAUUGCAAAGAGAUUUGGAUGAGAAUAAGGAGAUUUGUGAAAAGGUUGGUGAAUUUGGAGCAUUUUCAGGGCUCCUGGGAGCUCUGAGACGAUGAUUUUUGGAUUUUUCAUGAAAUUUGGAGCAUUUUGAUACCCCACAAGCCUAUGUUUUGAAAAUGUUGAAUUUUGGAGCAUUUUCAGGGCUCUGGGAGCUCUUUCUAAACAUUUUCAAGAGCUGGGAUAUGAAUUUUUGGAUUUUUCAUGAAAUUUGAGGAUUUUUGACACCCCACAAGCCUAUGUUUUGAAAAUUUUGAAUUUUGGAGCAUUUUUGGGCUCCAGGAGCUCUGAAACUGGAGUUCUAGGAACUUGCCGAUCUUGGGACCAGGAUUCCCGGGUUUUUCAUGAAAUUUGAGGAUUUUAGACACCCCACAAGCUUAGGUUUUGAAAAUUUUGAAUUUUGGAGCAUUUUCAGGGCUCUGGGAGCUCUGAAACUGAAGUUCUAGGAACUUGCGGAUCUCGGGACCCUGAUUCCGGGAUUUUUCAUGAAAUUUGGGGAUUUUAGACACCCCGCAAGCCUAUCUUUUGAAAAUUUUGAAUUUUUGAGCAUUUUCAGGGCUCCGGGAGCUCUGAAACUGAAGUUCUAGAAACUUGCGGAUCUCGGGACCAGGAUUCCCGGAUUUUUCGUGAAAUUUGAGGAUUUUAGACACCCCACAAGCCUAGGUUCCAAAAAUUUUCAAAAAAACUGUGCCAGACUUGCAAAAAAGGGGCGUGGCUUAAAAUUUCAACUUUUUUUUCAGCGAACUCAAGCUCGGACAACCGAAAGAGGAAAAAGAGGAGGAUAAGAAGAAAAAGUAA